AUGAUAAAACCAUACCGACAGGCAGAUUUAGAUUCUCGCGAAAGAAAGAUAUACAAUUACCGAGUUUCUCGAGCGCGGCGCAUUGUAAAGAAUGCAUUUGGAAGCUCGGCUUCUAGAUUUCGGAUAUAUAAAACUAAAAUUAAUCUAGAACCCAAGAACAUUGAUAAGUUCUGCAGAAUGUUUCGAUCACGAAAACCUAGAAGAUGGAACUAUUACAUCAGGUUUAACAUCACAUGAUUCAAACAUGGAGCCAUUAUAUCGACGAAACUCUGGAAAUAAUGCAACUGCUGCCAAAAAUGUUAGAGAACAGUAUGUACAUUACUUUAAUAACGAGGGGAGUGUACCUUGGCAAGAUAAC